CGCCGGGCCACCUCCGAGGCUCUCCAGCGGCGCGGGGAGGGCGAGAGAGCGCAGCGCAGCGCAGCGGCAGCUGGAGCCGGGGAGCGCGCCGAGCGGGCCAUGGGCAAGUCAGCUUCCAAGCAGUUUAAUAAUGAGGUCCUGAAGGCCCACAACGAGUACCGGCAGCAGCACGGCGUCCCCCCACUGAAGCUCUGCAAGAAGCUCAACCGGGAGGCCCAGCAGUAUUCGGAGGCCCUGGCCAGCACGAGGAUCCUCAAGCACAGCCCGGAGUCCAGUCGCGGCCAGUGCGGAGAGAACCUGGCAUGGGCCUCCUACGAUCAGACAGGAAAGGAGGUGGCUGAUAGAUGGUACAGUGAAAUCAAGAACUACAACUUCCAGCAGCCCGGCUUCACUUCUGGGACUGGACACUUCACGGCCAUGGUGUGGAAGAAUACGAAGAAGAUGGGAGUGGGGAAGGCAUCUGCAAGCGACGGGUCUUCCUUCGUGGUGGCCCGAUACUUCCCGGCAGGGAAUGUCGUCAACCAGGGCUUCUUUGAAGAAAAUGUCCUGCCUCCAAAGAAGUAACUCAUUAAACGUAAUGGGAAGGUGGCAGACUGAGCGUGGAUACGAAGUUCCUAGAACAACAAAAACUCAGCGGUGUGUCUGUCCCUGUGGGUGUACGCGCUUGGUGUGUGUGUGAUGCAUGUGUGAGUGUCUCUCGCACCACACGCUUGGAUAUACGGUUAUGCAUGAACUUAUUCUUAUCAAAGGAAGGAGCAAAUGAAGCCUUUAUCCUAAUGGUUACCUAGACCACAAUAAUUUGGACUUCAGGGGGAAAAAAAUCAACUUUAAAACGUUUGGUUGGUUUUUUUUUUUUUUUAAGCAAACUUUUUUUUGUAUAUUUCUUAUAAUAUCCAUCCCUGGUCUUUUUCUAUUCCAAAUGUUUGCGACGCUUAGAAGUGAAGUUCAUUUUGUGUGAUCUUCUUGCAUUGCAAUCGACUUUUGGUAGAUACUUAGGAAUAUUAAACUCGCGUGUAAAUGUAACAUAAAACAGCUUUAAACACAUAAACAUAAAGCAGCUUCCAUUGGAAACAUGGGGCAGGCAGCAACUCCAUUUCACAGCAUCGUUGGGAUUUCUCCGUUGUAAGACAUGAUGUCAUCUGCGUGCCUCCUGGAAUUCUCUGAUGGGAAUGCCAAAGAACAAAUGGAGAGAAACGUUUUACUUCCUUGCAUUUUCUACCUUUAAAUAGCAAACUAGCGCCACUACUACCACCCUUGCCCCCUCCCACCUUUUUUCUUAAAAUCCGCUGGCAUUGAAGAGCUCAGUAUGUGCCUUCUGGUUUCUAAGGCCUUGGGUCAGGCCCGAAGCUGCCCCCUCCCCACCCCGGCCAGGUGGCCCAGGGCCUGUUCUGGGAGAAAGCCCCUCACAAGGCCUGGGCUCGCAGCCAAGCAUCCAACAGAUGAAGUCAGUGCGCGUGGGGGUGAGUGUGAACUCACCAGGGCCCCCAGAGGAAGCCCUCCAGCCUCUGCCCUCCCCUCACACACAGGGCGGGAGCCGGGCCUGUUCCUGGCGGCUGUGGCUGCAGCUGUGCUGGCGGCCCCUCCAGGAAUGUGUGACAGGCCCAAGCGUUCCAGGGAGAUAUCCCGGGUGGGGGGUUAACAUCGCCAACUGGCUUCUGUGUUUUGCCUCAAACUACACAAAGUUCCCCUGAAUAACAAUUUCACAUGGUCCGUGUGGGAAGAACCAACCCAGAUGCCAGGCUGAGUGGCGUGAAACUGGCAUCUCCGAGUCCUAAGAUAGCAAGGGUGGGAGUUGGAAGGCUGCCGGCUUAAAGACAGAUGUCUGAGCAGGCCAGUCAGGAAACGUGCUUCCUGAAGGUCUGUGUUACACUGUGAACACAGCCUCAUGCUGUGCCCUUCGUUUCACCCAGGGAUGUUGACUAAGACAACAAUAAAAUCUUUUUCUUUGGUGUAAUA